AUGUCGAAUAUAGCUAUCCUUGUUGUUUUCGCUCUCCUCAUUUGUUCCUCCUCUGUCGCUAACUCCAACAGAUUAUUGAGUAGGCAAUUUCUGCCACCACCACUCACAGGUCCAGAAUCUCUGGCAUUUGACUCAGUCGGUGAAGGACCUUACACUGGUGCUUCUGACGGAAGAAUCUUAAAAUAUGUAGGACCAAGUGAUGGUUUUGUUGAAUUUGCUUCCUCCUCGCCAUGCAGGAACAAAACCAUCUGUGAUGGGAUUUCUGAUUUUUCAGAAAUUCAAAAAACAUGUGGGAGGCCAUUGGGAUUGGCUUUCAAUUAUCAGACAAGCGAACUGUACAUAGCAGAUGCUUAUUUUGGACUCAUGAAGGUGCCUUCCUCUGGAGGGUCUCCAACCCAAGUUGUUUCUUGUGUAGAAGGGAAAUCUUUUCGAUUUCUAGCAGGCUUGGAUAUAGACCCUCAAACUGGAGUUGUUUAUUUCACAGAAGCUAGCACCACUUACCAGAUCAGAGAUCUACCGACACUACUUAGGAGUGGAGAUAAUUCGGGAAGCCUGGUCAAAUUCGACCCAUGCACCAUGGAAACGAGUGUGUUGCUUAGAGAUCUAGCAGUGCCAUCUGGGGUGGCUGUAAGCAAAGACGGUUCAUAUGUGUUAGUGAGCGAGUUCAUGGCCAACAGAGUCCAGAGAUUCUGGCUGGAAGGUGACAAACAAAACACAUCAGAAAUAUUCUUACAGCUCCCUGGAAAACCAGAUAAUAUCAAGAGGAACUCAGCGGGGGACUUCUGGGUGGCGGUGAACAACCAGGUGGGAUCGCCACCACCGUCAAGGCCGCCGGUUCUGCCUCUGGCAGUGAGAGUGGAUGGGAAUGGUUUUGUUUUGCAAGAAGUGGCCCUGGUUGAGGAAUAUGGUACUGAAAUGGUGAGUGAAGUUCAGGAGUUUAACGGGAAGCUGUAUUCUGCUUCCCUUGAUGUUUCCUAUGUCAAUGUUUUCAUGCCUUAA